AACGUGUGACCUCUCUACUUUGCUUAACCAGGUUUUGCCCUUGUCUCUCCCCCAGCAUCCCAGCAGACAUGUGAGCCAGUGGAGGUCCCUGACAACCAGAAUGCCUGGAUCAGGGUGAGGGAGAUGCCUACAGGCUGCUGGACCAGCUACACCACUAAGGACAGUAAAGAGGUGCACAUCCUCAGCCUGCACUACCUUCCUGGGGUAAGGCAAUCUACAUACUGUUUGUCUGUCCUGAAUUACUGUGGAAGCACUCCACUAGAAUUAGAAGCAUACAGUACGCUGAAUAUUCCAGUACAUUGAAUACACAGGUUAUAAUGUGCAGUACAGUGAUAUGUGAGGUAAUACGAUUUUAUUGUAGCAAUAUGUUGUCAAAUAACACCCUACAUUGGACAGAAUUAACUUUUCAUAAUGUUCUGAAUUGUUAGAUUACAUUCAGUUUGUAUAUCCCACAUCGUAUCAGGAGUCCAUAUAGUGACUAGCUAGCUCCAUAUAGCUGGAACGUUUGGCCCGUUCCUCAGGGAAAACGUUGUUCUGGGAGAGUGUCUGCGUAAGAUUGAUACCAGAUGAGCGUUAGCACACUAGGCUAGCUUACACAUGAGAUUGAUACCAGAUGAGCGUUGGCAUACUAAACUAGCUUACAAAUGAGAUUGAUGCCAGAUAAAUUAGCUAGCUUUCCCAUAUGGCUGAGCGUCAACAUGAGGGACACCUCCUCUGCUCAGCCUGAUAAGUACAAACACAUGCCAGACAUAACAUGGAGCCGGGGUCUCCCCUGAGGUGACUGGGGUGUGAAAACACACCCUCAUCCAACAGCCUGCAUGGGGAAUGGGGCUAUGUGUGCUGAAUACAGGUUGAUUUAAAAUUUGUACCCCAAAUUGUAUAACUAUAUUUAAUUCAAAUUAUAGCCAUUUGGGAGUUAAAUUACGUAACUGAGCCAAGAUCGGUGCUUAGGAGGAAUGUAAUCCUACACUGCUAUUUCACCCCAGACUUAAUUUUUCAUUCUUUGACAGUGUCUGGUCAGCACGUAUUCGUAAUUUCUUAUCAGUGCUCUCUCCCUAUAACACACACACAAACACUUUCUCUCUCAUCUCAUUGACUGUGUGUCCCUCUUGAGAUGCUGUAGCCAGUACACUUCCUCAAAAUAGUUUUAAUUACUCUAAGAUAACUCAAGAAAUCUGUAAUUAAUUUUGACGUUUUUGCCGAGGUCUUAGUUGCGCAAUUUUACAUCUAACUAAGAUGUUUGGUGCAGUAUUUCUGAAGUGAAAUAAUGUGCAUGAAAACUAGUAAUCUGUCGUUGAAUGACAACUUAAUUGAAGAAUCCCUACUGUUGACCAAUCACCGAUGAAGGAGCAUAGACAUCGGCUACCGAACUUCGACAAGCAUCAAGAGAAUAUGUUGUGUGCUCGAACAGCUGGAAAAAACCUGCUGAAUGCUGUCGAACACCAAAACGAAAAAAAUAUAUAAAGAAAUGUCAUAAUAUACACAAAAUUAGGAACACCUGCUCUUUUAGACUGACCAGGUGAAUUCAGCUGAAAGCUAUGAUCCCUUAUUGAUGUCACCUGUUAAAUCCACUUCAAUCAGUAUAAAUGAAGGGAAGGAGACAGGUUAAAGAAGUAUUUUUAAGCCUUGAGACAAUUGAGACAGGAUUGUGAAUGUGUGCCAUUCAGUGGGUGAAUUGGCAAGAUAAAAUAUUUAAGUGCCUUUGAACGGGGUAUGGUAGUAGCUGCCAGGCACAACGGUUUGAGUGUGGCAAGAACUGCAUCGCUGCUGGGUUUUUCACGCUCAACAGUUUCCCAAAGCACAUCCAGCCAACUUCACACAACUGUGGGAAGCAUUGGAGUCGACAUGGGCCAGCAUCCCUGUGGAACGCUUUCAACACUUUGUAGAGUCCAUGCCCCGACGAAUUGAGACUGUUUUAAGGGCAAAAGGGGGUGCAACUCAAUGUUAGGAAGGUAUUCCUAAUGUUUUGUACACUCAGCCUAUGCGUGAAUUGUUUCGACUGGGCAGCAUACGGAAGCUUUAGACUACACUCUGUGCUGUGUGUGCGCGCAUGUGUGUGUGGGGUGGCGGCUAACCUUCCUGAUAGCUACUCUAGCAAAGGUGAGAUUGCAAGUGUUCAUUUGGCCCAUUUAUUAGCAGCAAAGAUUUUCAUACAGGCAGAUGUCAUUGCAGUAGGUUCCAUAGUUCAUAGUGAACAUGCAAAAAAUACAGGCCUAUUAACAUCAAACAAAAACAGAAUGAGCAUCUGUAGUUUUCACACAACCAAUAAACUGUGUGCAGAACUACCAGUGGAUGGAGAAUAGAGUUAUUUGUCCCCCCCCUUCUGUCUCUCUCUCUCUCUCUCUCUCUCUCGCUCUCUCUCUCUCCCCCCCUCUCUGUUUGCAGAGUAUUUCAGUGCUCACCUGCAUGCACUCCACACAGACAGAAAAACAAAUCACUCCUUCCUAAACAAGAGUUCACAUGACCUUCCCCCCUCCCCCGCUCCCCCUCCCCCCUGCCAGGAUUCAACUCUGACCAUUCCUCAAUGUCCACUAGGCACUGUAAACAAAUAUGAUGGAAUAUUAGGCCCCCUAAAGAGGGGAGGUGGUGACAAAGGUGUUUGUGGAAGGGUGGGGUCAUAUAGGAAGUGUGGCUGCCAGGCGGUCUGUGUAUGGGUUCAGCCUUGGAGGGGGGGUGGAGGGACAGAGGACGAAGGGAAGAGGGGGGUGGAAGGCAGGAGGGAGGGCGCUUGUCAAGACCCCAUUGAUGUCACAUUCAGGCACGGGUGUGAGGGCCUUGGCUCACAGCCGAGACUGGACCGUCGGAGGGAGGACAGUUCUUUAUUCAAGGACAUUGAGUUUUGGUUUAAAGUGAAAUUACUGUUUCCCAGCUGAUUUGCAAGAGUAAAUCCUAUCGACUCAUAUAUUAGUCAAAGACACAUCCUUGACUCUAUUGACUCAAACUGAGUCAAUAGUGAAUUAUUUGCCCGUACCAGACUGGUAAACUGUCAGAUAACAGGAACAUUUGUCACACAUUUACUGUAUACUGUGUGCUUUUCAAGAACUCACUCAUCAAUUAACAAUAGAAUUCCUAGCAAUAGGAUUCUCAACCACAACCUAUUUCCAACCAGGAUAACAACACACCUAGGACCCUACUAUGUUUAAUCGAACGGGAAGUGUACAGUCUAGUUGUCAGCAAAGUACAUAGUCUUCUAAGCAAUGGCCACUUCACUUGUUGAGGCAACUAGAGGUACAUUUAUAUCACGAACCCCAAGAAGAAAGAAGACAUGUAUCUUUCAGCUGACUGAUUAUUGAGUAAUUCUUCAGUGUAUUCUUCAGGGAGUUUCGAUGAUAAACAUAUUCUGACAUUACUAAAAAGACUAGUCAAGCAGUGUGCUUUAAUGCUCUGUGACGAAAUACAGUGGCGAGGGCAACUGAUCAUUUAAUCAGUUAGACAAGUUACCAGCAGCUCUGUCUGACUCAUUGUCCCUGCUAUUAUCACACACACAGCAGCUAGGUCACCCGUGAUACAAGUCAGUAUUCGACGUCCAUCCAUGUCCGAGGACGUUGGGAGACGACGUGGAAACAGGCCACUAGGGGCAACAGUGAGCGCUGUUACCUUCAAGUAGGUUUUGAUUUUGCUAGGGUACUGUGGACAAGGAUGGUGGGUAGUCAUAAGCAUCUGCCUCAGGUGCCAAAGGUUGCAUGUUCAAAUCCAGCAAUAGAAAGUAGAUUUUUGUUUUAAGCCUAUCCCAAACCUUAACCCUUACCUUAACCAUCAGAGUCCACCCAAAAACAAAUUUUUGGGAUUUGUUUCAUUAGUCCAUUGUUGACAUAGUCCCAAAAUGUUUUGCUUGUCAGCAAUCAAGUUUUCAAGAUAUGUAACUUUCAAAAGACAAAAAUCAGCCCAUUUUGGGACUAUGUCAACAAUGGAGUAAUGAAACAAAUACCAAAAUAAUGUUUUUGGGUGGAGUUUUCCUUUAACCCUAACCUUAAAAAUCCAGAAAUAAUGCCUAAACUUAACCUUAAACACUUUGAAAGCAUCUGCCUCUGAUGUCAAAGGUUGCAUGCUCAUAUCCAGCAAUAGAAAGUUGUUUUUGAGAGUUUUGUUUUGAGCCUAUCGCAAACCUGCCUGGCGUUUGGCCUGUUGACAGCAGCUAUUGUGGUGUGUUGUCUGUCUGUUUAUGUGUGUGUGUUGAACAUGGCCCUUGCAGAGGCCUUGUGUAUUAGCCCUGUGGUAGGCCUCAGACAAUACACUGGUGCUCUCCUCCGACCAGCUCCAAACAUCAGGGGUCCGAUUAUUUCAUGUCGGCCCCUCGCCUCAGCCCAGCGUGGCCCUGUCAGAACUCAUGCUGUCAGCAGCACGCAGCAGACGAUCAAUUUAAUAAGAGCGAGUAGAUACGAACAAAAAGACACUGUGUUCCUAAGCACACUCAUCCACACAAAGAAACAAAGCCAGCAGCCAAGAAAAUCCAGCUCCAAAACAAGCAAGAGAUUAGAGAUUAUUUUUUCGUUUUCAGAUGCGCUACGUCGGGAUAAAAUAUGAAUAGUUAAUUCCCCAAAAGCACCUCUUCAGAACUGUGUUUUAGAGGUAUUUAAGUACUUUCCUCUACUUCAAUAUUCUAACAACACAAUGGGAUUCACAACUGCAAAUCUUUCACCUUCCUUUCCUCCCUACUGAUACCCAAAGGAAGUAAAUGCCAAUAAAUGUAUGGUAAUUCAUUGGGAAGUUCAAAGAGAAUAUAUAAAUGUCCUGUCUCCCUCAUCUCUAUCUUUGUAAACGUCACUAGCUUAUAACGCAUUCUUGACUGUGGUCAAUAAUUACAAGAACAUAUUUGACUUAACCGGAAGCUGAAGGCCAACACUGUUCACCUGUUGUUCACUGUGGUAUGAACUCUGAACUACACUCAAUAAAAAUAUACACACAACAUGCAACAAUUUCAAAGGUUUUACUGAGUUACAGUUCAUAUAAGAAAAUCAGUCAAUUGAAAUAAAUUCAUUAGGCCCUAAUCUAUGGAUUUCACAUGACUGGGAAUACAGAUAUGCAUCUGCUGGUCACAGAUACCUGAAAAAAAAGGUAGGGGUGUGGAUCAGAAAAACAGUCAGUAUCUGGUGUGAUCACCAUUUGCCUCAUGCAGCGCGACACAUCUCCUUCGCAUAGAGUUGAUCAGGCGGUUGAUUGUGGCCUGUGGAAUGUUGUCCCACUCCUCUUCAAUGGCUGUGCAAAGUUGCUGCUCAAUGGGUGAUGUCUGGUGAGUAUGCAGAACAUGGAAGAACUGGGACAUUUUCAGCUUCCAGGAAUUGUGUACAGAUCCUUGCGACAUGGGGCCGUGCAUUAUCAUGAUGAAACAUGAGGUGAUGGCGGCGGAUGAAUGGCACGACAAUGGGCCUCAGGAUCUCGUCACGGUAUCUCUGUUCAUUCAAAUUGCCAUAGAUAAAAUGCAGUUGUCCGUAGCUUAUGCCUGCCCAUACCAUAACCCCACCGCCACCAUGGGGCACUCUGUUCACAAUGUUGACAUCAGCAAACCGCUCGCCCACACGAUGCCAUCUGCCUGGUACAGUUGGAACCGGGAUUCAUCCGUGAAGAGCACAGUUCUCCAGCAUGCCAGUGGCCAUCGAAGGUGAGCUUUUGCCCACUGAAGUCGGUUACGCUGCUGAACUGCUUUCAGGACAAGACCCUGGUGAGGACGACAAGCACGCAGAUGAGCAGAAAUUCUUCGUUUGUGCAAACCCACAGUUUCAUCAGCUGUCCGGGUGGCGGGUCUCAGACGAUCCCGCAGGUGAAAAAUCUGGAUGUGGAGGUCCUGGGCUGGCAUGGUUACAUGUGGUCUGCAGUUGUAAGGCCAGUUGGACGUACGUCCAAAUUCUCUAAAAUGACGUUGGAGGUGGCUUAUGGUAGAGAAAUUAACAUAAAAUUAUCUGGCAACAGCUCUGCUGGACAUUCCUGCAGUCAGCAUGCCAAUUGCAUGCUCCUUCAAAACUUGAGACAUCUGUGGCAUUGUGUUGUGUGAUAAAACUGCACAUUUUAGAGUGGCCUUUUAUUGCCCCCAGCACAAGGUGCUCCUGUGUAAUGAUCAUGCUGUUUAAUCAACUUCUUGAUAUGCCACACCUGUCAGGUAGAUGGAAUAUCUUGGCAAAGAAGAAAUGCUCACUAACAGGGAUGUAAACAAAUUUGUGCACAACAUUUUAGAGAAAUAAGCUUUGUGUGCAUAUGGAACAUUUCUGGUAUAUUUUAUUUCAGUUCAUGAAACAUGGGACCAACACUUCACAUGUUGCAUUUAUAUUUUUGUUCAGUGUAGAAUAGGCUUCUCUGACCCUGUGUACAGCUGGCUACCAGCCUGCUGAAUCCUGUAGCUGCCUAGUGGAGCUUUUUUUUGUGAGCUAAGCAUGUGUCGGGGCCACUGCCACUCAGAUAGUGGCUAUCUAACCUCCUCCAGGACCUCUGAGGCAGAUAGUGUGCACUACAGGAGGGCAUCCAUGCACAUCCUGUCCUCUCUCUGUCAGGGUUGGGAGUCCACUGUAUGAGUCUGGCCAGGUGGACAUGUUGACUCUGCUGUCACUGGAGAGGGGAGAAGAGAUUAGUUGAGUGGAUAUGGAUAAGCCUCUCACCUCCACUCCUGGUGCCCCAAGCCUCUCACCUCCACUUCUCCUGGUACCCCAAGCCUCUCAACUCCACUUCUCCUGGUACCCCAAGCCUCUCACCUCCACUCCUCCUGGUACCUCAAGCUUCUCAACUCCACUUCUCCUGGUACCCCAAGUAACUCAACUCCACUUCUCCUGGUACCCCAAGCCUCUCAACUCCACUUCUCCUGGUUCCCCAAGCCUCUCACCUCCACUCCUCCUGGUACCUCAAGCCUCUCAACUCCACUUCUCCUGGUACCCCAAGCCUCUCAAUUCCACUCCUCCUGGUACCUCAUGCCUCACAGCAGGAACUGUUGCUGGACUGGGAUCACUGGUGUUGGACUGGUGUUGGAUUGGAUUCACUGGUGUUGGACUGGUGUUGGACUGGUUUCAUAAGCUGGUUCUGCUAGUGUUGUGCUCGUUUGACUGUAGCAUUGGACAGGUGUUGCUGGAGCCUGUUCCUCUGCUAUAAACUCCUUGGCAGCUCCAGUCAGAACUGUCUGUCUGCCAACACCUGCCACUUGGGAUGAAUAUGUCAUAUUUUCACAUUAUGCCAUAAUUACACAGUGACAUAUAGUAGAUAUUUUUCCCAUUGCUAGAGAGACACAUAAUAAUGUUAUGUAUCUUAUAUCAGCUGUCUCUAUCAAAUCACACAAGUGACCUACCAUCAACGGAAUUAUUUGAAUAUUGUCGUCUCUGGAAUUGAAGAAGUAAGGAAAGCGGUACAUAAUUUAGCAUGUGGGCCGUCCUUGGAUCUUUCACACGUAUUGUGCUGAUGUGAUGCCUCUGGAAGGGAACAGAAAUGCGCUUUUCUCAAUGAGUUACUCUGUGGGAGAGACAGAACACAAUAGAAACUCUUGUAUUGAGCUGUCAGGCGACAAUCCAAUCCCAAGCCUGGUCCCUUCAAAGUAAAUGAAGGUGUUAGAUUAAAUUUCGAACGCCAUGUGUUACCCCACCACAGGAUCAUUAAAUUGCAGUGUGGAGUCAUUGUAUUUUGAUGACGCCGUGCACUGACUCAGUGAAAUGUAAUAACACUGUUGGAGAAGUAGAUCUUUCAGCAUGGAGGUGUGGUCCAUAUACGUGUUAGGGGAAUAGAUUGGGCACCAGGUUUUGUGUGUUUGUGUGUGUGUGUGUGUGUGUGUGUGUGUGUGUGUGUGUGUGUGUGUGUGUGUGUGUGUGUGUGUGUGUGUGUGUGUGUGUGUGUGUGUGUGUGUGUGUGUGUGUGUGUGUGUGUGUGUGUGCGUGCAUUAUAUGCUAGUCAGUCAGACAAACAUGGAAGCAGUAAGCCUCAUCCUAUAAUUUGUCAUACAGUACAUUUAGCAUCUAUGCCAGCUCACAACUUAUCAAGAGACACUCAUAAACAAUGACAUUGCAAAUAAGCCUAUAAGGUAACCAAACAGAUUAGCUCUCAGAAUCCUACAGUAGAUAUUGCCCUCUGUGCGACCCCUGUGUGACCUCUUCCCCCCAAAAAUGAUACCGCUUGAUUCUUGAUUUUUUUUCUUCCUAAUCACAGCAAAGUUCCUGUGGGAAUUAAAGCCACCACCACUUCCCCUGCCAGCCACAUGUUGUUUAUGCUAUAGCUACUGAACAUACCAUGCAUGGCUCUGUUUUGAAUGUACAGCCAUUGUUGAUGUGGUGAUUAAGUUGAUGUGUACUGUACACUCAGAUGGAUGGUGGGGUGGGGGUUUGGGGGUGUAUAAGAAUGGUUUUUCUUGCAGUAAAAAACUUGGGGUGAAUUGUGAUAAACAUGAUAAUAUCAUGCUGUUUUGCAUUUACAGUCAUCACAAACUUGAAUGUAUUUUUCUUGAAGUUUAACUUGAUUCUUCUGUCCUUUUCUCUAGGCUCCCACAAUGUUUGAACUAAACAUGACCACUGCCAAGCCAAUGCACCUCAUCAUCACCACAGACUCAGAGCAGGUCAUAUACUCUGCGGCCAAUGCUAACAUGGAUGUCAGCUUAUACGUAAGUAUAGCACCUCUUCUCAUUUAAGUGUUUCCUUUUGCCACUUGUUUCCUUGGGGUUGUUUAUCAGUUAGUGUAAGGGCAUUACAGUAUGUCAGUGUAUGAAAAGUACACAAAAAGUUAUAUGCAAAUUUAUACUCCAGGAAUUACAGUAUAUCCUAGCCGGGAGAAAAGCAGAUGCUGACUUAUAUUAGACUUACACUUUAAUGCCCAAUCGCCUAGAGAAAUAGAGAAGGACUCUCAAUAGGUAUUGCCUGAUAGAUAGCUGGCUGCAUUGCCUGAUAGCUGGCUAAUGGGGGCUUGGCAAGGACUGGGAGUCUAGCCUGGCAGCUCUCCUGUUCCUGCCAGCUGAGCUGCUCCACUCUACUCUGCUCUGUUCAGCUCCAGUGUUUGGAGCCGGGGAGGGAGGGGAGGGUAGAGCCUCACUGCCAGGCCUCCCUACUUCCAUAGUUAAUCAGGGGAGAAAUGCUUUUCUGCAGGCCCAGAUGGGCCCUCCAAGCCAGAUGUUUGACAUAGAACCAGCCCCAGCUGUGCAAGCCCCUGGGGCAGUUUGGAGAAGCAAUUACCCUUGUUUGUUUAGUUUGCCAGUCCCCAAGGACCUGUGUGUAUUUCAUAUCUGGUACACAUUAUAAAAAGAAGCUUAAAGUGUGUUGGAGUAGGGAACAAGUUAAUAGUCUCUGUCAGACACUGGGGAUGUAUAGUGUUAUAGUGGAGACAUUAACUUGAGUAUUGUGUUGUUCAACCUAUCUACUAGAUUUACACACUUCAAGUGAGGUUUUAGAAAGAAAGGACUCCUUCAGAAGAGAGAUGGUGUGUCUCAAAGGGUUUCGUCUUGUCAACCGAAAUUUGGAAAUGAAGCAGAAGGGACUGAUAGGAUGUUUUCUUUGGGAGUUUGACAGUAAAUGAUAGUGUUAUUGAUUUUGGAUCCCUGCCUGGGACUCAAACCACCCCUUGUCUGUAGGCACCCAUUCUCUUGAAACAGAACUCUUGCUUUUUAUCACAAUGAACACAAGUACCAAGCUGAGUUGAGAGUUCAGACCAUGUCCACAGCCCAAGCAUCCUCCUCUUGAGCUCUGCUCCUCACACAAAGUGUAAAAUAAAUAACAUUAUAUUUUAUCUAUUUCGACCCUCUAUCCUCUGUUUAAACUUCGCCAUAUUAAGGUGCUGUUAAAAAUCAAUAAUCUUCCACAAUAAAUAGGAUGAUUCAAUGUUUACAACACUGUCAGCAGUCUGUGAUAGUAGGAUAGCCUAUCAUGUCAUGCAGAGAGGGGGAACAUUUUACAUGAAGAGGGGAUGUUUGUGUGGGAUGGGAGGAUGGUGUGUAGUGGAUCACCUGGGAGUGUUGCCAUUUUAAUGGAAAAAAACAGCAUCUGGUGUCUGUCUGAGGAAGUGCGUCACGAGGAUGACAGAUCUGCUGGGUACAUGCCCAGUGUUCUAUCCAGCUGUGACCGGGACACGGAACAGUCACCACACACUCAGAUGGGACCGAGUACAUUUGCGUACAUUCACAAAAGGCCACCGACCUGUGGGUUCAUCGUCAAGGUUCAAGGUCUCGCAUCCUCAGUUGCCCCUCCUCCCAUCCUCACUGUUGUAGAUCUUGUCGUUAGUUCUCCAUCUAAUAUGGGGUGGUAAUUUAGCUUCACACCAAGACAUGAUACACAGUGGGUGUUUCUCAAAAUGCGAACUACCGCGCUCCGAGCACACAAAUUGGAGCACGGGAGGCUCGGAGUAUGAGUCCAAAUCAAAGUAUGCGAAACGGAGCACGGAGGGCACUUCUCGAAUGCGUACUCCGUUUCUACAUAUUUUGAAGCAUGCAUCGAUGCAAGCCAUAAUAACAUUGACAUAACAAUGACAUAACAUUUCUUGAAAUCAAUGGCGGCCAUUAUUUGAGCUGAAGAGAGCGAAAAUACACUCCGACUUCAGAAUGAAAUGUUGCCUAUUCACAUCUCAUAUGUUGUCUGACUACAAUAUUUUAUCUUGAUACAUUAAUAAAUACAUACUGUGUUAAUUUUGAAAUGUUUACCUGCCUUCGUACCGUAGAUCGCAAGCCCAUAAUAAGUAAAUAGGGCUAACUGGCUAGCUACUACUGUUAGUUAUGAAGUAAAACGUUUGGUUUGUGUAUAUCUUGUUUCGUCUAUUGUUGCAAUUGUCCUGGCUGGAAGGAGGUUCAAUGAAUGGGGAGGUGAAGCGUGAGGUAAUACAGUAAAGGGAGUGCGAGUGCUUCUCAAAUGUUAUGUUUUAUGCAUUCUCCACACUCUUGUCCUCACAAGAACAUACUCAAGAGAAUGUUGUCAGAGAAUGCACUCGGAGCAUGAGAGUGCGGAGCACGGUAGUAUGCAUAUUGAGGAAGACUAUGUUAUGUAAGAGUUGAUGACCCCUCUGGCGUAGUCCCCUGCACGUCCUCGUGCAGACAGUUCACGAUGCGUCCUUGGAGCCAAGGGGACAGAGACAGACAGAUAGGCGAAUGGCCUUGACCUCGAACCUAAUCUAUUUUGGAUGGGUGCCUGUUCUAAACAGCCCACCAGAUAGCUCUCUCUGACAGUGACUUAAAUCCCCCUGACUCCUCGGUGAUAGCAACGGCACAGACACACAAUGAUGAGUGUCACGGCUACACACAAUACAGAGUGUCUACACAGCAUCUGAGCGAUAUGGUACCUAGCUGUCACGCCAGGGUUCUCCACGGGGUUAAUGAGGCAGUACGAGAGGAGAAGAGGGGAGUAGAGAAGAAGAGGAGAGAAGUGAGGAGAAUGAGAGGGGAGGAUAUAGGAGGAGAGAAGAGGAGUGGAGAAGAGGAGGAAGAGAGGAGAGAAGAGGAGAAGAGAGGAGAUGCGAGGAGAGAAGUAGAGGAGAGAAGGAUGCGUCUUUCUAUUUCGAUCCACAUUAAACAAAAUAUACACGCAUGAGAAGGACCAAUCAAUCACACAGGUUUACUUGGCUUUCAGCAGAGCGUUCUGGCUGGCUGUGUGGGGUCUGGCUGCAGCUGGCAGGCCUUAACACACACAUACACACACACUGACCGCUAACAUGGAGGUCCACAGAGAAAACAAUCAGUGGUCUUCUUUCCAGCCCUUUAAGACCUCGACCACCAGGAAAUAUAUGGACUUUAUUCCUCAAACACCAAAAUCAUUGCCAACACAAGGGCUGCUGCUCUCUCCCCCUUCCCUAGCCUCUUCUUGGCAAAACACUGAGCACAUACUGUACCUCCUGUGAGUUUGUGCAAUGCAGCGUAGCUAAUUGUUUGUUGUUGUUCUUAUGCGAUCCAUUAUCAUGAAAUUAAUUGUAACAACACAUCAGACCUAUAUAAGUCCCCCCAGUCCAGAACAAUUUGUCCAUCUGUGUGCUAUAUUAGCUGGAAUGCAACGGGAAUAGUGAUGAGAACAUUGAUGGGGGAGAAAAUGAAGCCAUUGUUGAGACAGGAUCCAAAGGGAAAUGGAUAUCUGCUCCAUCCAUCUGCUCUGAAUAAUAUAUAAAGGGACUCUAUUCUCAAGAUCUUGGGCUAAUGAUCUAAUUGUUUUUUUAUAUGCUUAUAGAAGUAUAAUUGUCUUUAAACCAAUAUUUGAUUAGCAAAUGAGUACAGAUUGGGCGCGACUCUUAGGUUACACCGAAAUGGCACGUAACCGAUACAUUAGAACACCUACUUGAGUGCUUCAUGUACAUUCCAUUAUUCCCCUGGCCUGUUCGGGAAACAGGGGAAUGUGUGCUGUAGUAUGCAUGCACUAGGCUGGAUGUAUAUAUUUAUACCCGUAUGGAGCCAGAUUCCAGCCGACUCCACUGACGCACAGAGUUAAAAAGGUCCCCAUUUCCCGGCCCCACUCAGGAAGCGAAGGAAAGACCUUGGCUCCAACGGGGUUGUGCAACCGGCCUUGUAGACACUUUAGCAUAAUAAACAUUCCUUUUCAAAUGGCCCUGCUCUGCUCAGAGAAUAAAGAGAGAGAGAGCGAGGGAGAGAGAGAGAGAGCGAGAAAGAGAAAGAGAGAUGGAGAGAGAGAGAGAAGGAGAGAUCGAGAGAGAGAGAGCGAAAGAGAGAGGGAGGGAGGGAGAGAGAGAGAGAUGAAGAUACAGACAGACAGAAAGAGGGAGAGAGAGAGACAGAGGGCGAGAGAGAGAGAGAGAGGGAGGGAGAGGGAGGGGGGCAUGCUUUAAUGUGGCUGUUGUCAGACACAUUGGGCAAACAUGAGGUAGCAGCCUCUAAAUAAGGCGCUGACUCACCUGAUGCCACGGUAACAAUGAGCAGACAAACAGAGCUGUCUGACCCUCCUAGAGGUAGAGUGGCUUAAUGACUUAGGGUUGUACUGUAUAUUAACAAUAAUCCCUCCACGUACAUAAAGGAAAUUAAAAAUAAUGGAGUGGAUCGUGUUAACAGACAGAUUCAAUCAAACUUGCCUUGUACAUUUGUUUUGAACUACUGCCUAAGCACACACCUCUUCUUAAGAAUCUACUUGUGAGGAGAGUUUACCUGAGAAUAGUAGUUAAUAAGUCGUUUGUAAAUUUUUACAUUAGCCUCUCAAAUACUAUUCUGUGAUCUAGUUUGACCAGAGGACAAAGCGCUACUGUGAAUCAUUUUUGCAAUACAGGUUCAAUUGAAUUGAACCCAUAGUAUCAUAACUUGACAUACAAUAGAUGGAGUGUCAAAGAGACCUGAAAUGAAAUGUCUAAUGUAUUUUCUUUUACUCACCAGGUGGCCAAUGACUCCAAUAUGAUGUUGAUUGGUUCAAAUGUCGACAUCCAGAAAAAAGCCCUCCCCACAGACAACAAAGAUCUAGUGAGAUGGGCCACCGAGGAGUUUGGUGGGGUGACGUCUUUCACCACUGUCCAGAACCCAAGGAGCAUCACUUCCACAGGGAGAGAGGGUAAGACACUGUCAGAUACAAUCAGAUACAUACAACGUACCUCAAGCUUACACAACUCCCACAAACUGUCCGUUUUUGCUGGGUUUGUUAAUAUAAACUGUGACCGAAGAAUGGCAGAUUAUGUAACAAAUCUGAAUAAUAAAUAUUAAUGAUUUUACAGGAACAAGACUCCUUCCAACUGGCUCCAACAACUGUACUCUUGAAAAUGAAUGGCAUUCCCUCAAGCACUAUCUGACGUUAGAAUCAAACAUACCUUCAUCAAUCAAGUCCUGCUCGAACCAGCCUCCCAACAGUCACACAGAGAAAGAACUAUACAUCGUUAACAUCCCUGAGGAUGUCAGCAUUCGGUAAGACACCGAAGAGUCUCUUGGCUAAAAACAUUAGCAACACUUUCCAUGAUAGUGGCCUUAUACAGGUUAUUGUAAUGGUUGUUUGUGCUCUUGAACGGUAAAGCAACACUAUUUUGUUGUUCCAGCAAUGUCUCUGUGCACGUCAUCAGUGAGAGGCAGAUCAGUCUGUUCCUAAGGGGACCUCAGGGUACCAUGUGGAGCAUCCAUGACCCACAGCACACCAGCUUCUGUGUAAGCACUGGAUAACAUCUACAGUUAAUUCAAUUGUAGUAUCAAUGCCUGAAAGUGAAUCACCAAUGACUCAGACAUUUUACCUGCAUUUGUCUGGUCUUCAUUUCAGGCCCAGAUCAGUAUGCAUUUUGCUCUAUGACUGACAAAGGUGUCCUAUAUAAAUUGGGAAAAACCAUACAGUACUCUCUAUUAUAUUAUAAUAAUAAUAUAAUAAUAAUAUUAAGUCUCUCUCUCUCUCUCUCUCUCUCUCUCUCUCUCUCUCUCUCUCUCUCUCUCUCUCUCUCUCUCUCAGUCUAACAACGUGAUCAUGCUUGCGGUCUCCAGCAUGAUGCAUAAGAUCCCUCCCACGGUCGCUAUCACCACAGACAGUGCCGUUGCUGUACAAAAGAAGGCCUUUGAACAUUUCAAAGCCAGCACCAUCACCAGCUAUUCUGAGAUCCGAACCGCGGGCAACAUGGUCACACUGGUCCUGGGGAAUAAGGACCACACUCCAGGUAAGAUACAGUUACAGUCACAGUGAGCAUAGUAAAUAUUAGCCGCUAGCAAGGGUAGCAUGACUAUGGAGUUGUGUUAAGACACAGUUCCUGUCAAUUGUCUGUACAUUUGACAAUUGUUCUGAUUAGUUAAUGAAUGUAUGUAAGUAAAUGCAAAUUCCAUACACAGAGUGACCAAUUCUACAAUCAUAAAUGAUCAUACUGUUGGUGUAUAUACUGCAAUAAAAAUAUGCUUUAGCAAGCUUUCUCAGUAAUUGGUAGCUAACACUAUGCCACUGUUGCCUGCUGGCUCCUAUCUUAGCCAACAUUAUUAUUAUUAUUAUUUAUGAUUUUAUUAACAAAUAUAUGGUACACCUAUCCUGUAGUAUCAUGUAUACAUGCAUUCUUACUGACAGGUGAACGUUGUGUCUUGCUGUCUCAGUCACAGAGGCUGCACCAACCGAGUCCACCCCAUCGCCCCCUAGCCCCCCUCAGAUGCCUCUGAUCAUGCAGCUGUACACCUCUCCAGACUACCGCUCCCCUCUGGACCCCAACGUCAAGGUGCAGAGUGACAAGAGGAUCUACGCAGAGGUGAGAGCCCUUUGAGUUAUUUCACUCUGACACCUUCCUGCUCUUUUUAAUCCUCUCCCAGUUCCUCUGCCGUGCCCAAUUUCUCCCUCUAAGCCCUGCACACCUUCACAUCUGCAUGACUCCUAACACACAAAGCAAAAGUCUCUGCAAUAGAAUGGCAAUCUACAGGAAUUAAAGUUUGGGGAUGUAGCUACAUCCAGGAGAGGACUUUAAAAAAUAUAUAUGUUGAUAGUAUCGUCAAAUGUAUAUACAGUAUAACACCAUAUACACUGCUCAAAAAAAUAAAGGGAACACUAAAAUAACACAUCCUAGAUGUGAAUGAAUGAAAUAAUCUUAUUAAAUACUUUUUUCUUUACAUAGUUGAAUGUGCUGACAACAAAAUCACACAAAAAUGAUCAAUGGAAAUCAAAUUUAUCAACCCAUGGAGGUCUGGAUUUGGAGUCACCCUCAAAAUUAAAGUGGAAAACCACACUACAGGCUGAUCCAACUUUGAUGUAAUGUCCUUAAAACAAGUCAAAAUGAGGCUCAGUAGUGUGUGUGGCCUCCACGUGCCUGUAUGACCUCCCUACAACGCCUGGGCAUGCUCCUGAUGAGGUGGCGGAUGGUCUCCUGAGGGAUCUCCUCCCAGACCUGGACUAAAGCAUCCGCCAACUCCUGGACAGUCUGUGGUGCAACGUGACGUUGGUGGAUGGAGCGAGACAUGAUGUCCCAGAUGUGCUCAAUUGGAUUCAGGUCUGGGGAACGGGCGGGCCAGUCCAUAGCAUCAAUGCCUUCCUCUUGCAGGAACUGCUGACACACUCCAGCCACAUGAGGUCUAGCAUUGUCUUGCAUUAGGAGGAACCCAGGGCCAACCGCACCAGCAUAUGGUCUCACAAGGGGUCUGAGGAUCUCAUCUCGGUACCUAAUGGCAGUCAGGCUACCUCUGGCGAGCACAUGGAGGGCUGUGCGGCCCCCCAAAGAAAUGCCACCCCACACCAUGACUGACCCACCGCCAAACCGGUCUUGCUGGAGGAUGUUGCAGGCAGCAGAACGUUCUCCACGGCGUCUCCAGACUCUGUCACGUCUGUCAUGUGCUCAGUGUGAACAUAAUAAUAAUAAUAAUAAUAAUAAUAAUAUGCCAUUUAGCAGACGCUUUUAUCCAAAGCGACUUACAGUCAUGCUUACUUACAGUCAUGCUUUCAUCUGUGAAGAGCACAGGGCGCCAGGGGCGAAUUUGCCAAUCUUGGUGUUCUCUGGCAAAUGCCAAACGUCCUGCACGGUGUUGGGCUGUAAGCACAACCCCCACCUGUGGACGUCGGGCCCUCAUACCACCCUCAUGGAGUCUGUUUCUGACUGUUUGAGCAGACACAUGCACAUUUGUGGCCUGCUGGAGGUCAUUUUGCAGGGCUCUGGCAGUGCUCUUCCUGCUCCUCCUUGCACAAAGGCGGAGGUAGCAGUCCUGCUGCUGGGUUGUUGCCCUCCUAAGGCCUCCUCCACGUCUCCUGAUGUACUGGCCUGUCGCCUGGUAGCGCCUCCAUGCUCUGGACACUACGCUGACAGACACAGCAAACCUUCUUGCCACAGCUCGCAUUGAUGUGCCAUCCUGGAUGAGCUGCACUACCUGAGCCACUUGUGUGGGUUGUAGACUCCGUCUCAUGCUACCACUAGAGUGAAAGCACCGCCAGCAUUCAAAAGAGACCAAAACAUCAUCCAGAAAGCAUAGGAACUGAGAAGUGGUCUGUGGUCACCACCUGCAAAACCAGUCCUUUAUUGGGGGUGUCUUGCUAAUUGCCUAUAAUUUCCACCUGUUGUCUAUUCCAUUUGCACAACAGCAUGUGAAAUGUAUUGUCAAUCAGUGUUGCUUCCUAAGUGGACAGUUUGAUUUCACAGAAGUGUGAUUGACUUGGAGUUACAUUGUGUUGUAUAAGUGUUCCCUUAAUUUUUUUGAGCAGUGUAUGAUAUAGAGGGACCAUACAAUGUAGUAUGCAGUAUGUACAUGGGAGCAAAUGCAUCCCCCAACAUCUCCCACCAGGCCUGCUCUAGGCUACAAAACAACACCCAUACUGCAGUGUAUGCAAACAUUUCCAGCACUACAAUCAUUCCUAUGCCCUCUCAUCCCUCUCCUCUCCUACAGAUCUCAGGGAGGAUGCUGGGGGAGAUUGUGCUGACCAUCAAGGUGAUCAACUGCUCGGUGCGCUCCAAGGGCUCAUGCCCGGUGGUCAGGGACAUGCCCUUCAGGCCAGAGGCGUGCUCCUCCACCAUGUGCCCCAACAGUACCAGGGUUAGCUUCUCCCUAGAGCUGCUCCAAGACCUGGCGUCCACUAGCUGGGACCUGGAGUGCUCCGUCAAACUCUGCUUCAGUGAGGUAUGUAGGUGUGUGUUGGGGGGAGGAGGUGUGUGUGUAGGUGUAUGUGUGCAUGUAGGUGUGUGCGUGUUGGGGGGUAUUGCUUUUUUUUACUUCUGUGAGAAAAUGUGUUGCCUUUUCUUCUUUUUGUAUGCUUUCUUUCAUUCUUGAGCAUUUUUCAUAGAGCUUUGAAAACAUUUUUCUCUGACAAUUUGAUUUCAACAUCAUAACAGCAACUAUGGUUCCAGAAAGUGUUCAUUUAGAGCCAAACUGAAUAUGAAAUAUCAUAUACAGAGAAGAUUCUUCAAGGGAUAGUGUGUGCCAGCUGUUGUUCACUAAACAUUGUUAAUUCUAAGCUGUAGCUUAGUCAACAAGCCAAAUCUUCAGUGAACUUUCCCUUUCACCUUAAAGCAUUUUUGAUGUUUUGAGUUGACUUUAGUAGGUUUUAGUAUCUUUGCCAACAAAGCACACUUAAGGAUGUGUCUCACUCUCUUGGUAUUCUCUUGUAGAAAUGUGGAGAUGGAGGAAGAGUGAAGAGGAACUUGGAGGUCACCCAGACAUACAUCCCACCACCAAGUGAGUUCAAUUAACUCCAAAUCCUUCCAGCUCUGUUGUAAUAGUGUAGUUUGUCCUUCUGGCAACUCAACCCUUACUUUUUAUCUUAUCAGCUUUGGUAUCAGGCAACAUUUACAGUACACAUGAUAACCCCAAUGUUGGCCCUUAAAUGACAGAAUUCAUAAAUUCAAAUUUAGUGUAUUUUUAAACAUGACUGUUCUCUGUCGUUGAUAUGACCCCCAACUUCCCCUAUGCUAUGCUGUGCCAUCGUCUUUCCUUUGGAAAACCACAAGAUAGCCAAAUGAAAUCAGCACUAACACUGCUGUCAAAUGCAACAAUAGGAGAGCCACUGCAUUGUCCUCCUCAACCCUCAGCAAUUCCCCUCUCAGAACAUUCCAUCAUCCAUCUCAUUCCAGCCACAGCAGCUGCUGGCAGUCUGUCCGUCUGUCUCGGUCGUCCCGUCUUCCAUCGAGCCCACUUUGACAUUGGGCCCGUUGUCAUGGCGAUGAUGAAUUCAGGAUAUACGGAAAGAGAGGGGUCGUAGAGGGGAUGCGAGGUGGGGUGAGGCCUCCUCCUUAGGAAGGCCUGCAGCCUGACCUUGUGGCCACAAUCAGCCAGUAAUGACCCUCGGGGGGAUCCAUUGUGUCCGAGGUCUGGCCGCUCGGCUGUACGUCCCGAAAAAUAACUGGAGCUAUUGUCAGAAACCCCGAAAACAAAGAAUGGAAGGUGUCACUCUUCAAAGGGGAGGACAAUCUCUGGGCAGAUGAGUCAGGAACAAACCUUACAUUCCUCAACCGUCUGCAAGCCCAGAACGGAAGCCCAUUAUUUUGGGGUGAAAAAGAAAAGAGGACAAACCUCAGGUUCAUGUUUUGGCUUGGCACAUAGCUCCCCAGCUUUCGCCAAAAAUUACUUUUUUCCUGCAAUUUACUCACGCAGGAGAAGAAGAGGAUACAUGUUGGAGCAUCAGCGGCUUGAUGAUGAUGGGGUUGGAGGCGACACAGCCCUCGCUGCUCAUUUUUGUUUUUGCAUCCUGUUUUAUUGGUCAGCCCAUUCUGGUUCUUAUGUAAUGGAAAGGUGAUGUGAGUGUGUGGAGGGACUCAGGGACUUGUGAUGGAGAAUGGCUGAAUGGGAAUCAGUGGCAAGGGAACAACGUUUCCUCCCAUUAAACUGCAUUAAACCUCAUUGACCUAAGCGCUCCUUUUUAUCCACGCCUGCCAAGUGACUACACAGUGCACACACCAAACAACUGGAGCCAGCCAACUCUCUGGGCUCUCAGUUCUGCUUCAGAAUUCUGGCCAGAGUGUUGGAAUUUGGCUUUUCUGACACUUGAGGCAGGCUGACUGCUGCUGUUGUUGCUGGGGGUCCCGCCUGCUUUCAUUGGCCAGGAUGUGGCUCCCCCUCGGUUGUCCUUCCUGUUUGGUAGCUGUCCCCCAGAGGGCUCUUUGGAGUAGUAGUGUCGUAGUACAGGCCUGCUGCUGUCCGUCCUCUCCACCUCCUCCCCACCUACAACAAGGCUUCUGCUUCCUGUCUCUGUUUGUUCAGCUUUGCUGUCCAACCCAAACACACAAAUAACAUGUCGGCCCAUUCUGGAAAACAAAUAAAAGAAAGACUGUAAAAUAGGUUUCUGUUUAGACAUGAAUUGGGACAGGGCCUUUGAGUCUGUAAUGUUAGUACAGUAGUAGAUCAUUAAUUAUCCUCCUAUAAAGAUAACUUUAAUCACUUACAAUCUAAUUCUUUAGACUUUAUUGAAGGAUGUAGCCUCCACAUUAGAUUAAUUCCAAUGGCACACAAAGGUUUCAAUAUAUUGUGACAGUAGAGCAGUGAUGAUUAAGGGAUUUUAAUAGGGUGAGGGGAUGAAUGAUCUUUAAUAUUAUUUAAAGAACAUAGACUAUUGCAUGGACACCAUAAAUAACAAAAUUAACCAGAUGCACAUGGCUUGCAGGAUGGUGGCAAGAGGUGCAGCCAAACAAACAGAAUGUCGUCCCUCACCCUUCCUGCAUCCUGUCUUUCCUGUCCUUCAGGAAAAGAGAGAGCGGUCUGUAGCCUAGCGUAGCGCUGAGCCUAGCAUGUAGCACAGUGGCACAGGAUGCAGGAAGCUUAAGGUGGCAGGUGAGAGAAACUGCACAGGGUAAGACACAGGAUGGCUUCUGCCCAGGGGACUGAUGAUUAGCUUCCUCCCAAAUUCUCAGGAUCCAUGUUGGAAAUUUUCACUAGUAAGGAAGCAGAAGCAGGGAAACGUGUGUGUGCCUUGGUGUGUGUGCAUUUGUGCACAUAUGCUCACAUGCUAGGAUGCACACAUGUUUGUGUGUGUGUGUUAGUGUCAGAGGCCUGUGUCAGUGCAGCACAUGGCCAGGGCCUGCUUUCUGACAGUUGAUUUUAGAGUUCUGUCGAGAGAGAGCAAUUCUGCCUCAGCCAUUGGCUCCAGAGUUGUUUUGUUUGCAUCUAUGUCUGUAAUUGCUGGAACGGCUUGUGCGGGACCAUGACACUCACAGGCUGCCCAGGGAGCACUGCCAGGGCCAAGCUUUGGGACUGCAAACUUAACUUCACAUCGCAUGAUGAGAAAGCCAGAACUCACGAGUACACAACAGCGAUAAGCAUUUGCUUCCACAAACAGAUUUGGCCUCAAUUGUGCAAUGUGCUUGAGACAAAAAAAAAAAUGUAUGAGCUUGUAAUGUUAACUGGUUGUAUGCCUAUGAAGUGUGCUGAAAAUGAGGAAAUCAUAGGAGGAAUAAUCUCUGUGAUUCCGCUGACAUCCAACGAUACUACUAAAUACCCCAAUGUGAGACAUGCAUUAAUGUGUUUAUUCUGUGUGUUCUAGCUGUGUGUAUUGACUUUGGUCUGUCAGCCGUGCUGGGCAUCGCUUUCGGAGGCUUCCUGAUCGGAGUUCUGCUUAUUGGAGCUCUGUGGUUCAUCAAGAUCCGCACAGGUGAGUCGGAGUCCCACAAUCUCUUUUGUGGUGUUAUACUGACAUACUACAAAAGUGUUUUUAGAGGUAUUUUUCUCUUGAUUUGAGUUCUCUCUUAAUUUUACCUUGACUUCAUUUUAAAACUGUUUUAUUCUGUUUUAUGGGAUCUAGGAUACCCCACCGGACUGGAUGUAGGGUCGACUGCAGUAAACCUCUCAGGUAAGAUGCUAGUCACUGUUUCUGGUUGAUGCCAGUUACACUUAAACAUAAAGAGCUAUAUUUUCCAUGAAGAGGGAAUGGUAAUGUAGGCAACGCUUAUAGAUCAGGGAAACCCGUCCUUUUCUGAUCUCUCUCAUGAUCUCUCUCCCUCAGUCAUUCAUGCAAUCAAUCAACCAACCAGUAAAUUAGUCGUUAUUAGAGGCAGAGGCAACUGGUUUGCACCCCAGAGGCAACUGUUUUGCAAGCAGAAAUUUGGUUUGCCAUAAAUCUAAAAUAUGUUUCUUCUCUCCCCAGGAUGUCCUUGCUCUCUGACCAGCAAACGGCAACCCGUCUCUACAAACCCCUCCCCCUCUGAGAACAGUAGUGCCAAUGCCAGCAUUGGCAGCACUCAGAGCACGCCAACCAGCAGCAUGGCAUGAGAUCAUCAGCACCACUGUCUCCCCUUUCUGUCACACGAGGGGCCUUGUGCUAUUUGUUUGCUCUUUCACCAUGCUUAAGAAAGCAUAACCACCCUCUCUUUAGUCACACCACAAACACGCACCCUCUCUCACCCGUGACCCCACCUGAAAGUGGUG